AUGGCUAUUACACUAGAAAACCCCAAAAUUGAAGUUCACGUCGAAUGCAACAGGGCACGACUACAAGAGUUUGACGAGGACGAUGGCAAGACAACCGCCACUACAGUCACUAAGUACAUCGAAGCAAAAUCUGCCGCGGAGUUUGCAGUUCACGUUGAAGUCCAUCAACCAUUUCCUCCCCACGCUAUGGUCGUCAAGCUCUAUAUAGAUGGCGACCGCGUUCGUUCGCGCAUCAUCGGUAACCACCAAUACCAGAAAGCAAUAGCGAGCGUGAGGCGAGAGUUCAAGGACACCGUAACAAAUAUCGCGGGCGGACAACGCACAUUGCGAAAGUUUUGCUUUUCUGAGCUUCAGAUUGAAGAUUCAGAUGAUCAUAAUUUAGGAGAGGGGUUCAUCAAGGACCUAAAAUCGAUCGGUUUCAUCACCCUCAAAGCAUACUACAUCAAGAACCUCCGAGAAGUGCCCUCCAGAAAUAGACAUGUCGAUAAGAAGCAAACUAGUGUCGGCACGAUUCCUGAAAAGGCAUUGAAAGGGCAGGCCUUAACACACUGCGCAGGGCUAGGCAUGGAAGUCAAGGAGCCCCAGAUGACCUGGAGCCAUACAGACUACGAUUAUAUCAAUCCGCAGCACCUGCCCUUUGCCACCUUCAACUUCAAGUACCGCUCGAGAGCUGCCCUCCAGUCACUACUCAUCAUCCCGCGGAGCCCGUCUCCUCUGCCCACUCAAGUCAAAGACAAAGAGGCAUAUACAGUCAACGUACCAGGUCCGAAACAGGACAGUCUCCUGACAAACGUGAAGAAUGAGUCAGGCGUCAAACGCGAGUACCCGGCUAUUCUUGAAGGUAACGAGGACGACGAUGAGGUAUCGUUCGUAUCGGCAUCAAAGCGCUCACGACCCAACAUCACUGUCAACAAAAAUGGCCCCAAGAUUAUUGAUCUUACGUAG